UGCCCUGCCCGCCGCCGCGGAGGUCCUGGCAGGGCGGUAGUGAGCGCGGGGCGGGCCGCGGGAGCCGCGCCGGGACCAGACUCGCUUAACCUCCCUUAAACUUAUUAUAUUUUUUUAUUCAGCUCCGCUGCCGCAGAAGGGGGCGACGAGCCCUCUGAGGGUCUCGCUCCGCAGCCUGUUCCGUGCAGCGGCCAGGACCUGGCGGGAACGGCGGCAAGGGGCGGAGCGAAGAUGGCGGCGGCGGCGGGCACCGGGGAGGCGGCGUGAGAGGCCCCCGCGACCCCCCCCCCCCGAGGAGGAGGAGGAGGAGGAGGAGGAUGGCGGAGGAGAAGAAGCUGAAGCUGAGCCACACGCUGCUGCCGGCCGAGUCCAUGAAGGUGAUGGCCGAGGCCAUGGGCAUCGGGCAGGUGCCCGAGGAGACCUGCCAGCUCCUGGCCGACGAGGCCAGCUACCGCCUCAAGGAGAUCGCCCAGGAUGCUCUCAAGUUCAUGCACAUGGGGAAGAGGCGCAAGCUGACGACGGGCGACGUCGACUUCGCCCUCAAGCUGAAGAACGUGGAGCCGCUCUACGGCUUCCACGCGCAGGAGUUCAUCCCCUUCCGCUACGCGAGCGGCGGCGGCCGCGAGCUCUACUUCUACGAGGAGAAGGAGGUCGACCUGAGCGACAUCAUCAACACGCCGCUGCCCCGCGUCCCCCUCGACGUCUGCCUCAAGGCGCACUGGCUCAGCAUCGAGGGGGUGCAGCCCGCCAUCCCUGAAAACCCCCCUCCAGCCCCCAAGGAGCAGCAGAAGGCCGAGGCCACGGAGCCGCUCAAGUCCGCCAAGCCGGGGCAGGAGGACGACGGCGCCCUGAAGGGCAAAGGCCAGAGCGCGGCCGCCCCCGACGGCAAAGGGAAGGAGAAGAAGGCCCCGCUGCUGGAGGGGGCCCCGCUGCGGCUGAAGCCCCGCAGCGUGCACGAGCUCUCCGUGGAGCAGCAGCUCUACUACAAGGAGAUCACGGAGGCCUGCGUGGGCUCCUGCGAGGCCAAGCGGGCUGAAGCCCUGCAGAGCAUCGCCACCGACCCCGGCCUCUACCAGAUGCUGCCGCGGUUCAGCACCUUCAUCUCGGAGGGGGUCCGCGUCAACGUGGUGCAGAACAACCUGGCGCUGCUCAUCUACCUCAUGCGCAUGGUGAAGGCGCUGAUGGACAACCCCACGCUCUACCUGGAGAAAUACCUGCACGAGCUCAUCCCGGCCGUCAUGACGUGCAUCGUGAGCCGGCAGCUCUGCCUGCGGCCCGACGUGGACAACCACUGGGCCCUGCGCGACUUCGCCGCCCGCCUCGUGGCCCAGGUCUGCAAGAACUUCAGCACCACCACCAACAACGUGCAGUCCCGCAUCACCAAGACCUUCACCAAGAGCUGGGUGGACGAGAAGACGCCCUGGACCACGCGCUACGGCUCCAUCGCGGGGCUGGCCGAGCUGGGCCACGAUGUCAUCAAGACGCUGAUCCUGCCGCGGCUGCAGGUGGAGGGCGAGCGGGUCCGGAGCAUCCUGGAAGGCCCCGUGGUCAGCAACAUCGACAAGAUCGGGGCCGACCACGUCCAGACCCUGCUGCUGAAACACUGCGCCCCGGUGCUGGCCAAGAUCCGGCCGCCGCCGGACAACCAGGACUCGUACAAGAGCGACUUCGGCUACCUGGGCGCCCUGCUCUGCACUCACGUGGUGAAGGCCCGGGCGCAGGCCGCCAUGCAGGCCCAGCAGGUCAACCGCACCACGCUGACCAUCACCCAGGUGGGCACGGGGACACGUGGGGACACGUGGGGUGACAUGGGGACGCGUGGGGGGGACACCCUGCUCUGCACUCACGUGGUGAAGGCCCGGGCGCAGGCCGCCAUGCAGGCCCAGCAGGUCAACCGCACCACGCUGACCAUCACCCAGCCGCGGCCCACGCUGACGCUGUCCCAGGCGCCGCAGGGCCCGGGGGGGCCCCCGCGCCCCCCCGGGCUGCUCAAGGUGCCCGGCGCCAUCACGCUGCCCGUGCAGACGCUGGUGGCCGGGCGCCCCGGCACCCCCACGCAGCCCUCGCCGCCCCCCACCAAGUUCAUCGUCAUGUCCUCGGCCUCGGCCACCAGUGCCACCCAGCAGGUGAUCACCUUCAGCACCAGCCCGGCGCCCACGGCCACCUCGCCGGUGACCACGACGGUGGCCAGCGCCCAGCCCGUGGUGAAGCUGGUGUCGGCGGCGCCCACGGCGCCCAGUGCCACCGUCACCGGCAGCGUCCAGAAGUACAUCGUGGUGUCCCUGCCGCCCGCCGGCGAGGGCAAGGCCACCGCGGGCGCCCCGGCCGGUCCCCAGCUGUCCCCCUCGGCCACCGCGUCCCCCGCUGCCACCGCCGCCGCCAAGCCUGAGCCUGGGGACAGUCCCCAGCCGGCCACCGCGCCCUUCGGCAAGGCCAACGGGGCCCCCGGCGCCGCCGCCCAGUCGCCCCAGGCUGCCCAGUGACACCCUGGGGUCCCUCCGUGGGGACAGGGUGUGACCCGGGUGUCCUCGAUGUCCCCAAGGGCCCUGCGACCCCUCCAGGGGUGACCUGGGUGUCCUUGAUGUCCCCAUGUGUCCCAGGACCCCUCUGCGGGGAUGGAGGGGGUGACCUGGGUGUCCCCGAUGUCCCCAUGUGUCCCGGGACCCCUCUGCGGGGACAGAGGGGGUAACCUGGGUGUCCCUGACGUCCCUGAGGGCCCCGGGACCCCUCCGCGAGCCCCCCCAGGGCUGGGGGACGGGUGUCACCCUGGGGACAGGUGUCACCGCCGGGGCUGGGGACAGUCCGCCUGUAAAUAGCUGUACUUGUCGCACUGUAAAUAACCCCAAUAAACGCCGGCGUCCUGGCCGCUCCCAGUGUG